CCUCUCCCAGCGCAACGCCGCGCAACGCGAACAUACCUACGCACACAAUCUCACCUCCUCCCCUCCAACCAACUUCUUGCGCCAAACAUCACAGCGACCGCCAAUCUCUCAACUCUCUCCCCCUCUAGCCGGCCACCAAACAUCCCUACCCCCAAGAGGACCAUCCAAUACCGCAAAGAUGCCUGGUGGCGUUACUGUUCGCGAUGUCGAUGCGCAAAAGUUCAUCAACGCGUACGCCGAGUUCUUGAAGCGCCAGGGCAAGCUUCCCAUUCCCGGCUGGGUCGACACGGUCAAGACGGGCAUCUCGCGGGAGCUGCCCCCGCAGAACAUCGACUGGUUCUACGUCCGCGCCGCCAGCGUCGCCCGCCACGUCUACCUCCGCAAGACCGUCGGCGUCGGCCGCCUGCGCAAGGUCCACGGCACCGCCAAGAACCGCGGCGUCCGUCCCUCCAAGCACGUCGACGCCUCCGGCUCCGUCGACCGCAAGAUCCUCCAGGCCCUCGAGAAGAUCGGCGUCCUCGAGCAGGACGAGGAGAAGGGCGGCCGCCGCAUCACCCAGUCCGGCCAGCGAGAUCUCGACCGAAUCGCCCAGACCACCGCUGAGGCCGAGGAGGAAGAGGAGGAGGAGGAGUAGACGGACGACGGAUGACGGAUGAUACCACACACCCACACCACACACCCCCAUCUUACCGGCGGGGGGUGGGAUUCUAGAUUCUACCACGGUCUAGGGUUAUAGCAUUGAGCGCGGGGCUCUGGGCAAACGGCGUCUGAAAAAGAAAAUCGGACUCGAUGAAAUGAAUUUGAAUUUUGGGAACUGCGCCACUUCCCUUUCCCUCCCUCACGGCAACCCAUUUGACUCCCUCGUCCUCUCUCUUUCUACCCCUCCGAUCUAGAAAGUGAGAAAGUGACUAGUAGUUUUUAUAGGUGACACUCACGUAAUACUCCAUCGUAUUCUUCUACCACGUAGUAGAAAUCUAUUUCCCCUCUCAAAACUGCUACGCGGAGACGAACCUGGACUCGGCCAAACAUAUAUUCAACUUGAGCUCCCCUCCAAGGU